CUGUUGAUUUAUCCUUUUUGUGUCUGCAACACUGGCUGUGCCUAUAUAAGCAAGUGCGUGCUACGGAUUUGCGUUUAUUGUGCACUGUCACACCCAACGCUUAACAUUUGCGUAAAAAGUGUUAUUUUAAAAACCAAAGUUCCAUUCCUGUAAUUGCGUUUGUCAAUGGUAAUACAAGCCUAUUGAGGUAUAUAAUUAUAUAAAUAGAUUUGAUAAUUUAAAGUUGGGUCUGGAGCAGCAACAAUAACCCGAGCAAUAACGUGAUGACAACGUACAGCUGCUCUUUCGCCCAUCAGAUGGCUAUUGCCAUUGUUCUGCUGUCAAUUGUAUCGCACUUGUCGCCUGGACACGCACAGCAAAGCCUGACUAUAGACGAGCAACAGCAACCUGCAAUGCAAAUGCUCUUCAACGAGUUCCUCGGCUCCGUACCGGCUGAUGGCAAAACCAACUAUUAUGGUCAGCAGUUAAAGUACCAACAGCUGAAGCAUCAGCUGCGACAGCAGCAUUUGCGGCCAAAACAAUUGCCAAUCGUUUACUUUACUAACCACCAAUGGCCCUUUCUGCGCGAUCUAGUCAUGAACUCCGAUUACGAUUUAUUGGGGCACCUCGAGAGCUCUGAGCGAGAGCGUGAUCCGCAAGAAUCUCAGCUCCUGACACGCCUUCACAGACUGGCCGACAAUGCUCUUGAUGGCGAUGAUCAGCUGUUCAAACUGAGCUCCGGCGCUAAGCAGCACAAUAACAAGAGAAAUGCGCAGUUUCGUAAACAAUAUAUGAGGCCAUGUCAUUUCAAGAUCUGCAAUAUGGGACGCUAGCGCAAUACCGCCUCUACAUUACCCAUCCGAACCGAUUCACCGAAACAUCUCAAAGUUAAAAGCAGUUAAAGCCGGAAAAAUGCUAAUAUUGCAGAAAAAAUAAAACAAAAACAUGAGAAUUUAUAUUAUAUACACAAAAGUAUUUAAUGUUAGCUUUACUUAUCAUAUAUCUACAUACAUAUACAUAAUAUUAUUCAUUGUUCCACUAGUAUUUCCUUCUUAAAUUGCGUUCUAACAAAUAUUAUUCAUUAAAUACUUAGUGUUAAUUUUGCAGCAUAUUUAUUUACAUAUAUACAUGUAUAU